AUGGCGAAGGAACCUAUCAGGACCCAUAAUAGGAUCGACACCAUCUCCAACCCAACGGUGUCGACACAGACCGUGGUCUUGGAUCUCCAGAUCGUUUCAGACGCAAUCCUGACGGGCAACCGGUAUACGCACCCCAUGUGCUGUGAUUAUUGGCCUGGGACUCCCUCCGCAGCGUGGCUGAGUCCAUCACAUACGCAGCCCACGGAGGAACAGGAGCCUUGGCGAGUCUUGGAGGAAGGCAACACGCCGAAGGGCCAAGCUCGUCCGUUCCAGGGCCCGGCCCCCCGAUGA